UUUAUAAUAUUUAUUUAUUUUUACUUUAGAUAGUGAAAUAUUAGUCUGCCAUUAUGCCUGUCCACGGUAUUUAUUUGUUGUGUUUAAUAUCAUUUGCUUUCGCCCAUGAUGCCAUCAGAACUCCGUUAUGUAAGCAAGCCGAAGAUCUUUACCGAUCUCUUUGUUAUCAAACGAUUCCUCUCAACCACGAGGAUUUAGAAGUUACACAAGGGUUACCUGGAAAGCGUGGCCCGAAGGGAGAAAUUGGGGAAACCGGACGUAGAGGAGAACAAGGAAUUCCUGGUGUUGUAGAUUAUGGUAAAGUUGAGAACAUAACGGAGGCAAAGGUGAAACUUAUUCUAAACCAACAAAACGAAAGAAUGACUGAAAUGGUGAACAGGAUGGAUAAACUUGCAACAUCACUUUCAAGAGCUGAACAAAAAAUAACGCAACUGGAAACAAAGCAAGGAAUCUGUCAUAUGAAAUUUGAAAACUUUUGCUUCUGGGUCGAGAGAAGAACAGAGCUGAUCAAUUAUCAAGAAGGUGAACAACUGUGCUCAGGACGUGGAGGGUAUCCCGCUAAUAUUUAUUCAAAAAUGCAUUAUGAAAUGAUCACAUCAUACCUUCGUACACAAAUAUGGGCAAAUGAGGACAUAAUCUAUGUCUGGCUUGGAUUGAAGUACAAUAUUUCAACCAAAGAAACAACAUUAUCUGACGGAAGUCCCGCACCCUACUUGCAGUGGCACCCUGGAUUUCCAAAACCUUAUGCAAAUAAUGUAUAUAUUGGCAUGCACGUUAGGGUACCCUGGAACUUGUUAGGUCGCGAUAUGUACAACCAUCCGACUAUAGCGAAGAGACAAGGCGUUUUAUGUCAAAAGUAA